GACGUAGUGAUGCAGGCUGUAGACAGGGUCAAGUCCCGACAUCGAACUCAGUUCUGAUUGCUGCUCACUCGAAGCCACGUCGUACUAUCAAAAACCGGAAAGGUUUUUAAUUUAAAAAACCGUUCGCUUCUUAUUUGAUCUACGCUCCAGUUGGCCCAAGAUGGCUUCAGCAUCGACCUCCCGUACCACAGAUAGCACGGCGCUGCUGUCGUCAACUAGGACAUCGCGCCGCUCCACGCUUGACAGUGUGUCCUUGGUGGAUGACGCUAAGGAGGCGGAGCCCUCGGCCGAAGUUUCGCUAGCCAAGGUGGCCUCAGAGAAACAGCUGCCGUGGAUAUACGUCCCGCCCCCGCGACAUUUCAUAGAGGUCUACUACGGUGAAAUGUGGCCUAUGCUUAUGAACAUCAACUGCAAGAAAUCAGUGUUUCUGGACUAUAUUAGAAGAAGGAUCCCACCGAUAGCUGUCGAAUCGAUGGAGCUGUGUGAUUUACAAGGCAAUGUUGUGGGGAUCGCCAACGUGGAGCCCAGUGAUUACGUCAUCAAUUUGUUCCAGCCUGGCUUCAUCUACAUCACGUGUGAGAUGCUCAGACAACAUGGCUACGUGGCGGACAUCAAGCCCUGCUUUGGUGAAUGGGAGGAGAGGUUUCCUUACAUUAAAGAAGGUCUGGCCGCCUGGAUAGAAAAGACCAAAAAAGCGGCUGAACCGAAGGUACUCAAGAAAGUAUCGUCCCAAUUAAAACGGGGUCGCGCAGGCCGGCGAACACCAACUUGGUGACUCGCUUGAUUGAAGACCAACUUGGUGACUCGAUGGAUGGGUGACUCGCUUGACAGAACACCAACUUGGUGACUUGAUGGAUGGGUGACUCGCUUGAUUGAAGACCAACCUGGUGACUCGAUGGAUGGGUGACUCGCUUGAUUGAAGACCAACUUGGUGACUCGAUGGAUGGGUGACUCGCUUGAUUGAAGACCAACUUGGUGACUCGAUGGAUGGGUGACUCGCUUGAUUGAAGACCAACUUGGUGACUCGAUGGAUGGGUGACUCGCUUGAUUGAAGACCAACUUGGUGACUUGAUGGAUGGGUGACUCGCUUGAUUGAAGACCAACUUGGUGACUUGAUGGAAGGGUGACUCGCUUGACAGAACACCAACUUGGUGACUCGCUUGAUUGAAGACCAACUUGGUGACUCGAUGGAUGGGUGACUCGCUUGACAGAACACCAACUUGGUGACUCGAUGGAUGGGUGACUCGCUUGACAGAACACCAACUUGGUGACACGAUGGAUGUUUGACUCGCUUGACUGAAUGCCUGCUGAAUUAUUUUCAUGACUGAUGACGUAAUCGCAAGUUUUAAAAAUGCGACUUGACAUGAUUCCUUUUACAUUUGAAAGCUGUAUUUACCGCAAACUUUUUGCUUUUCUAACUAUGUAUUUUUAUUUUCCAAUUCUAUUUGAUAUGUUAAAUAUUUACUAGUCUCACAGUUUGUAAAUAAAGUACUUGAUACA